AUGGAUGUGAGCCCUCAGGAUGAAGCUGCUCUGCAAGCGGUUACAUUCAGGAGAUGGUCAAUGUUGGCUUCGCUGGCGAUGGUCCUCUAUGAGUACGUUAUUACAUUCAGUGAAGAAAUGAAGCAUAUCUGGCGGUAUGAAUUUUUCACGCUAUUCCCGGAUGCCUACGACGAAAUGAAACAAUUCAGAGCGCCAUUAAGACCCGUGCGUCUGAUAUACAUCUUUUCAAGAUACGUCGCCAUUAUUGUUGGGAGUGUAAACGUAUUCCUAAUAUUUGGCCCAUUAUCAUCCACAAAUAUACCAAGGCAUCGGUGUAGGCAAUGGUUCACGUUCCAACUUUCAGCUGCGUGCUUGAUCAUGGGUUCCCUGGACGCCAUACUUAUGCUAAGGGUAGAUGUUUCCUACAGCAGAAUCUGCGAUAUCAACUUCAUUCAUCCUUCAGUCAUCUACUAUGGUUCCUCCGUGUUGAUAACACAUAUAUCGUUAGUCGCCUUGACAGUCUGGAAAUACGACCUUAUAAAAAUGAACAUCCCCAUUGUACGGAUUGUCACUCGCGACGGGGCAUGGAUCACCGUCCUUGUUUGCUCAAUGUUUAGUACUUUGGUCCCAUGGGCGCUGAUACAUAAAGUUCAGAAAGCCCAUAUCCUUUUCGGAUGGCCCAUAUCAAUGAUAUCUAUAGGAUGUUGCCGUAUGAUUAUGAAUAUGCAGAAGCUGGAUGUUGUAUCAACGGAGUUGAGCAAUGACGCCGAAAACCUUACAGAGCUCACGUCGGAACUCCUCACCAUUCAGAUUGAGCUCAAGGGUUGA